ACUCGGUUCCACGUUUGCGCUGCCCUCGAGCCAAUGAUGAAUCAAUCCUCAAGAUGGCGACCAGUUCUGAACGCACACCUCCGCCUUUUCCUGAAUCAGAGGACAUGGAUUUAGAUACAGAAAUGAGAGACGAGGAGAGCAACGAAAACGAAUGUGUUGUGGCAAGUGAGGAUGUGAUUGGAGCAGAGGCCAACAAUGCUCCAGAUGACAUCUUUUCUGAAUUACCAACUGACAAUGUCAUUAAUCCUUUAACUGAUUCCAUAAUCAAGUUAGACAUGGAUGCAAUUGACAAACAAGGUGAACAACCUGUUGACAUCGAACCAAAGGAAGAACCAAUCAAGGCAUCUGAUAGCAUUUUGUGGACACCACAGAGUACUGUGAGCAAACCAGAAGACAAUGUCAGAACUCCCCUUAUUGUCCAGAGUGAAUCUGUCAUGCAUAUGUUAUCUGCUGACCUCAUCAAUGAAUUUUCUUCUGAUUCACCUGGUAAAAUAUUGGAUGAAUGUGAACUUGAGACAGACAGUAGUACAACUUAUGAUCUGUCUCGAGAGACGGAGAACCCAAUUGGUGAACCUGUCAGUGAUAGUCAAAAUAUACCAGUGGUAGAUGUCCUCCUUGAGCAAGGGAGUGCUAAUUCUGACUGCCCUGGUAAGAUAUUGAAUGAAUGUGAACUUGAGACAGACAAUGGUCCAACUAAUGAUCUGUCUCAAGAGACCGAGACCAAACCAACUGGUGAACCUGUCAGUGACAGCCAAGACAUACCAGUGGUAGAUGUCCUUCUUGAGCAAGGGAGUGCGGAGUCUGACUGCCCUGGUAAGAUAUUGGAUGAAUGUGAACUCGAGACAGACAAUGGUCCAACUAAUGACCUAUCUCAAGAGACCGAGACCAAACCAACUGGUGAACCUGUCUUUGAUGGCCAAGACAUACCAGUGGUAGAUGUCCUCCGUGAGCAAGGGAGUGCGGAGUCUGACUGCCCUGGUAAGAUAUUGGAUGAAUGUGAACUUGAGACAGACAAUGGUCCAACUAAUGACCUGUUUCAAGAGACAGAGACCAACCCAACUAGUGAACCUGUCAGUGAUGGCCAAGACAUACCAGUGGUAGAAGUCCUCCUUGAGCAAGGGAGUGCUGUUGGUGAAAACUCAGCUGUGUGUGUCAAGGAACCACUGUCAGAUAUCAGAGAAGAACCUCCUUGUGACAACUUUUCAGAGUUGUUAAGUGAACCUGCCAGCAAACAACAGAGAGACCUCUUUGGUGACCCUUCUGACGAUCUUUUUAGUGAGUUGCUCAAUGGUACAGAUGAGCUACAGAGCUCCGACUCAACGGAUAUCUGCCGAGAAGCUAAAAACACCCUAAUCACUGGACCUCUGAGUGAUGACCUGGACAAUCCUCCAUCUGAUGUUUUAUCUGAGGACUGUGUGAUGAAAGUUACAAGUCCAAACUCUGACUCUUCUUCUGACAGUCGUACCAGAGAUGAGGAACAAGAUAUAUUUGCAGAGGCCACUGUUGAAUUAUCACUGGACAGUCCGGCAAUUGAAAGAAAGAGAGCUGAACCUUCCAGGCUCUUGCCAUCUGCUUCUUCCACCUCAAGCAUGUCCGAACAACGGCAAAAAAUACUGGAAGAGCAGGUUGAAGAAGAAGACAAGUUUGAGCUUAAUGUCUCUGUGACUAACCCAGAGAAAGUCGGUGACGGAAUCAACGCCUAUUUGGCCUACAGAGUAUCCACACAGACUACACUACCAAUGUUUAAGAGCAAGACCUUUGUAGUAAGAAGGCGUUUCAGUGAUUUCCUUGGGCUGUAUGAGAAACUCUCGGAGAAACUCUCUCAGAAUGGUUACAUCGUCCCUCCACCACCAGAGAAAAGCAUUUUGGGGAUGACAAAACUGAAAGUAGGGAAAGAAGACCCCUCGUCUGCAGAAUUUGUUGAGAAGAGGAGAGCUGCUCUGGAGAGGUUUCUCCAAAGGGUUUUGUGUCAUCCAUCACUGUUGCAGGACCCUGAUGUAAGAGAAUUUCUUGAAAAAGAGGAGUUACCCAGGGCAGUGAACACACAAGCAUUCAGCGGCGCUGGCUUCUUAAAGAUCAUAAACAGAGCCACAGAUGCUGUCACCAAAAUGACCAUAAAGAUGAACGAAUCAGAUAUAUGGUUUGAGGAAAAACUUCAGGAAGUGGAGGGUGAGGACCAGCAGCUAAGGAAACUUCAUGUCUUGGUGGAUUCACUUGCCAAUCAUAGAAAGGACUUGUCAGCUCAUACAGCGAUGUUUGCCAAAAGUAUUGGGAUGCUGGGCAGCUCAGAGGACAAUACAGCUCUUUCACGUGCUCUCUGUCAGCUGGCGGAAGUGGAAGACAAGAUUGAACAGUUGCAUCAGGAGCAGGCUGGAAAUGAUUUCUUCAUUUUUGCUGAGUUGCUGGCUGAUUACAUUCGUCUUCUGGGAGCAGUUAGGGGGUGUUUUGACCAGCGCAUUAAGAUGUGGCAGCGCUGGCAGGAUGCUCAGAACACACUUCAGAAGAAACGUGAAGCUGAGGCCAAGCUGUUAUGGGCCAACAAGCCAGAGAAACUACAGCUAGCUAAGGAUGAAAUUACAGAGUGGGAGGCAAGGGUGACUCAGUAUGAGAGAGACUUUGAAAGGAUUUCAGUAACUGUUCGAAAAGAAGUCAUUUGGUUUGAGAAGGAAAAGGCCAAGGAUUUUAAGAAACAGAUGCUAAAAUACCUGCAGGUCUUACUACAUUCACAAGAACAGCUGACAAAAUACUGGGAGUCAUUCCUACCUGAAGCAAAGGCCAUUGCUUGAUGGUGCAUAAGUCGGAGGAGAAGAGGUUCUUUUACAAUUGUUUACGUUUUGUCUAAAAGCAGAACAUAAAAGAAAUUAACACAAAUAACCAGAGAUGUCUAGCACACAUAGGUGAAAAUGCUCAGCACUGAAUUGAUUUUUUUUUGUCCCAUACAUAUUAAUAUUUUAUGACAAAAUUGUGAUAUUUUUGGUCAAAAUGACAGAUGGAAACUAGAGAAAAACGUAUUUGUCUCCCUGGCACAAUGACUUUUCUUAUGGCAAACAGGUAAGGGGUAAAAAGGCGAGUACAUUAGAAAGAAGAAAGUAGUAGAAAAAUAAAACCAACCACAAUUAGGAGGGUUCAGGGGCAUGUUCUUCUGGGAAAAAAAAAUAAAACAUAUUUGCUUUACACACUUAUUUCUAGUUAUUCUAGAUAAAGAAAAGCUGUAUAAAAACACAUACUGUAAAAGGAAUCAAUAGGGCCCAGAGCUUGAUUAGCUGGGAGUACCAGGGCCCAGUUGUUCAAAAAAUGUAAUCCGGAUUUGGAAAUUCCAUGUUUUACUAUUCAAGACCAGGUAAUCCGUUUUUCUUUUACCUCAGCUAUUUUGGAUUGGAUCACCCUUGAUCCACAUAUGAACUUUUUGGAUGGAAAAUGGAACGCCCCCUGAAGUUGUAAUCCUACUUGUCAGCUCAUUCAAACCCCAAGUACCCCCCGAGUUCAAAUUUCCAAGAUAGCUGCACCCAUUUAACAGUUAAUGAGAGCUGUACACUGUUCUGUCCUAUUUGCGUUUUAUUACAUCAGUUGUAGAAAACAAUACUGUCCAACUAUGUUGGUUCAACCUCUAUGUCGCUAAGUUGUUGCUAUGCUGCUACAACAUUUGUUUGUGUAAAAUACUACUACUAAUAAUAAUACAUUUUGCUACCAAAUGGUAGCAUUUUGUUCUUACAACUUGUUAACAACUGAAACGCAUCCAACUCGGUUUUACAUGGAUGUGACAUCAUAAUUAAUUAAUCAAUCAGAAUUAAUCUGCUGUCAAUUCCAUCAUAUAUUCCAGGAUUGUAUUCCCAGGAGUGCCCAACACCCUUAGUUCUGAACAGGGCAUUUAGUUCCAUUUGAAAUCAACGUUUGGUGGUGCCAGCCAUUUACUCUUCCCUCACAUUCAUUAAUUUCACCGUGGUCUCAUAGGCAACAACAAAACAGUUCUACACAUAGCUAUUUACUUUCACUACUGACUGACAAGGGGUUACAAU